GCGCCUAUAAAAAAAUUUCCUAAUCGAAUAAUGAAUAAUCAGGAAGGUAAACCACUAGUGGAGUGGAAUGGGAUUUUGAUGUAUAGUGAUAAGGGAUUUUUAUGCGAAGAAAAACACAAUAUGACGCUUUCAAGCUCAUCAAUCAAUAGAUUAAAGAAAUUCCCAAAGAAACUCGAGGCUACAGCAGGUCAGGAAUUCAAACAAUUGUUGGGAAAACAACACAUUGGGGUUGUUUUCUCUGGUGAGGGACAAAAUAUGAUCGAUG